CUCUUUUUUAUUUUCGCGCGCUUUUUCUUCAACCUCCGUUCCUUUCCGAUUCUCUUUCUCUCACCUUUUUCUCUGCAAUUUCCUCUGAAAUCACCGGUCGCCGUCGACGUCCGCUAGCAACAACAACUGCGGCGUCGCGGCGGUGCCGGCGGCGGCAAUUUCACAAUCCACAAUAAUGUAUUUUCCACAACAAUCAUCAUAACCGUCCCUUCUUUCUCACUCCAUCAAGAAACAAAGAAAAAGAAUGAAACCCUAAGAGAGAGAAUGCCGAUGCAGGAAGAGGAGCGAGUAUUGGAGAUCAACUUGAUCUCCGCACAGGGACUCCAACCACCUUCUUCUCCGCUUCGGAAGCUCCAAACCUACGCUCUCACGUGGAUCGAUCCCUCAACUAAGCUCCGAACCAGACUCGAUAGUCUUGGCGGUCAAAACCCUACUUGGAACGACAAGUUCCUCUUCCGCGUCACGCCGGAGUUUCUCUCCGGCGACACUUCCGCCGUCUCUGUUGCUAUUUACGCCGUUGGAACAUUCCGCGAUCACCUCAUCGGCACCGUCACUUUCUUCAUCGGGAACGUCCUCUCUGGCGGCGCCGGAGUGCCUUGCUUCAGCGCGUUUCAGAUUCGCCGGCCGUCGGGGAGGUUCCACGGCGUCAUGAACAUCGGCGCCAUGGUCGCCGACGUCUCGGAUUUUCCGGCGCUGCAUAAGAUAUCGGCGAUAGGGUACAGAGACCUGAUGGGGAUGAAGAUGAAGGAGCAGAGGAAGAAAAAGAAGAAUAAGAAGGCGCCGGAGGAGGAACUUUCGAGCGAUUCUUGCGAGAAUUCUUGUGCGGAUUCGGUGGAGGAGGCGGAUUCAUCCUCAUCUUCGUCGUCGCUGUCUCCGAGUGCGACGGGGGCUGGGGCGGUGUUGAAGGAGUGGAACGGGGUGAGGGAAUUGGCAGGAAACAAAGGACUUGCCGCUUCUGGAUUCUUGUGCUGCUUCAUGGUUGCCCCGAGAACUGUUCCAGAGCACCAUAGUUUUUGCACGAAACCAAGGAGGUUAUUGAGGAAAGAUGGUAACUCAAUGCGAGAGAUUGCAUCUGAGGACUUGUCUCAAGGUGGUGCCACAGAGGAAAACGUGAUGGAUUGGGUCAAGCAUGACAACCGAAGAAUGCUUCAUGUUGUAUAUCGUGUUGGGGACUUGGAAAGGACCAUAAAAUUUUAUACAGAGUGCUUGGGGAUGUCGGUUCUCAGAAUUCGUGACUUGCCGGAGCUUAGAUGUGCUAAUGCCUUUCUUGGCUAUGGACCUGAAGAUGAAAGCUUUGUUAUUGAACUGACAUACAAUUAUGGGAUUGAUGAGUAUGAUAUUGGAAAUGGAUUUGGCCAUUUUGGUGUUUCUUUUGGUGAUAUUUCAAGCAUAGUGGACAUUGUAAGAGAUAAUAAGGAUGGAAAAAUAAUUAGAGAGCCCGGUCCUGUCGAAGGAGGAUGCUCCAUAAUUGCAUUCAUUGAAGAUCCUGAUGGUUAUAAAUUUGAACUUCUAGAAAGGGUUCUCUCUCAUGAACCUUUGUGCCGAGUAAUGCUUCGAGUGGGUGAUCUUAAUCGAUCCAUCGAAUUUUAUGAGAAGGCUUGUGGUAUGCAGCUACUUUAUACACGAGAUAAUCCAGAAUGCCAGUAUACCAUUGCAAUCAUGGGUUAUGGCCCAGAAGAUGAAAAUGCUGUUCUGGAGUUGACAUACAACUACGGAGUCACAGAAUAUGAUAAAGGAGAUGGUUAUGCCCAGAUUGCAAUAGGCACAGAUGAUGUGUACAGAACUGCAGAAGCAAUCAAACUUGCUGGUGGAAAGAUCACCCGGGAACCUGGACCGGUACCCGGCAUCGGAACAAAAAUAACUGCAUGCUUGGACCCUGAUGGUUGGAAAACGGUUUUUGUGGAUAAUGUCGAUUUCCUUAGGGAGUUGGAGUAAAUUUUGACAUAGUAUUUUAAUAUUGAAGCUGCUUGCGUCAGAGAAUAUGCCAUCUUCAAAUCCUUUUUUUUUUAGAUGAUUGAAUAAUACAACAAAUGUCUUCAGCUCUGUAAAUGAAUCAUACUUGCUGAUUUUGGCAAUAGUCACGAAGUAACAGCUUUUCUCA